AUGUCAUCAGAUCUCAUGGUAACACUAGAAAAGAGCUAGUCAACAUGGCGCCCUCAAUAUGUUGUUGGACCACAACUCCAGCCAUCCCUGACCAAUGGCAUUUACUGGCUGGGGUUGAUGAGAUAAAGCGUCCAUCAACAUUGGGAGGACCGGAGGUUGGCUACCCCUGCCUUGUUGUUGUUGUUGUUGUUUACCCACCAUUCACCCAGUGCUAUACCAGCUGCACUGGCUCCCGGUGGAGUACAGGAUCAGGUUUAAGGUGCUGGUUUUAACCUUUAAAGCCCUAUAUGGCCUAGGACCCUUGUACCUACUGGACCGCCUCUCCUGGUAUGUCCCACGGAGGACCUUAUGGUCUUCAAACAAAAACAUCUUGGAGGUCCUGGGCCACAGAGAAGUUAGGCUGGCAUCAACCAGAGCCAGGGCUUUUUCGGCUGUGGCUCCAAUCUGGUAGAACGCUCUGUCACAAGAGACUAGGGACCUGCGGGACUUGACAUCUUUCCGCAGGGCAAAAGCUCAAGUGAAAACAUAUCAUUAUAUCCACCAGGCCUUUGGUCAGGGCACAGCCUGACCCCCUCCUUUGGCAAUCCUCACAGAACUCUAGCCCAAUGGUUGCCAUUAAUCUGAUUUUUAUAAUGAAAAGAUUUUAGAAUGUUGUAUCAUUUUACUGUUGUUAGCCACUCUGAGCCCAGCUUCGGCUGGGGAGGGUGGAAUAUAAAUAAAUUUUUUAUUAUUUAUUAUUAUUAUUCUUCACCCUAAGGUCAGAGGGCUGGUUAAAACACAAUAUUAAAAACUGUCCGUCUUGAGAACACCCUGGACUGCCACCCGCAAGCUUCUGAAGGUAGUGGAACAACCAAGAGCGCCCCUUCACCAAUACAGUGGUACCUCAGGUUACAUACGCUUCAGGUUACAUACACCUCAGGUUACACACUCCACUAACCCAGAAAUAUUACCUCAGGUUAAGAACUUUGCUUCAGGAUAAGAACAGAAAUCGGGCUCCCGCGGCAUGGCGACAGCAGGAGGCCCCAUUAGCUAAAGUGGUGCUUCAGGUUAAGAAUGGACCUCCGGAACAAAUUAAGUAUUUAACCCGAGGUAUUAGCACCCAUGAGGGUCUGUAGGAAAGGAGGCAGUCUUUCAGAUCUUGGUGGCCCGAGUCAUAAACACCAGUGUGAGCACCUUGAAUUUUGCAGUUAUAUGAGAUCCAAAUGGAAUCUGCAUUUUGGACCAUCUGAAGUUUCUGAGUCGUCUUCCAGGACAGCCCCAUGUAGAGCUUAUAGAUUAUCUACACCACCACCAUUGCAUAAUCUAUACUUUUUAAAAAACACACACAUCGGCGCCUGUGAAAUUCUUGUUACAUACCUGCUAUGCAGUCUUCUCUCAAACAGCAGGGCAAUAGACUACCAUUGAAGCCAGCCUCUCCUAAAUAUUAUUAAUCUUCCCAAGUGGAUGAGGUUUUCUCAUUUGACAAGUUGUUUCCAUUGGAAAGAAAGAAGCGAGGGAGCAUAAUGUAGCCCAUAUGGUAGCCUUUCAGAAGAGCAUGUCUCUGCCACCAUGGACUUCAAGCGGUAGUAUUUAAUUGUUGCAGCUCUGCAGUCAGUCAUAGAAAUGUCUUGCUUAGAGGGGAGAAAAGGAAAUAGGAAAAUGAAGAGCAGACAACAGAUGAGCUUGUGGAGAAUGGAAUGAAUCAGAAAUGAUAUAAGAAUUGACAAGGGAGACAAUAUAGGUGGGGACAGAGGGCAGUAAUACUGGGAAUUAGAAACCAGAAGUUGAUGUUGAUCAUGAUAGUGUCAAAUUGCAAGUAUGCAUUUAAUAAACAGAAUGAUAUUAUAAAUAUUGGGACUGUUCCUACCGAUUUGUUCAAAUCCUGAAUUACAAACCAAAUCAGGCUGAUUUCUAUCAAUUUGUGCCAAAUCAACACCAGGUCAAGGCAGCUACAAAUCGUUACAGAGCAAGUCAGGUGCACCCAAAUUAAUUCAGAACUUUAAAAAUGGUCUGUCUAAAGCCAGACUGACCGUCUCCAAAGUGUUGCAGUUAGUAAGUGCAACCCAUAUAAGGAGAAUGCCAGGGUGGGAAGAAGGAGAGGAGAGGAUAUAGACUGCAUUCAUUGAGAGCUCUUUGGGGCUUGGGUGUGUGUGAAGCCUUAAAAUUCAGCAAGUUCACACUGCAUGCAUUCUUUUGUAAGUUCUAUCUCUACAGUGAUAACAUUCUUCAAAGUAGUGAUGUGUGGACCAAUUUGGAACUCUUGUGUGUUUGUUUUCUUUAAAAAGUGGGGGGGGUGUAAUUUGUCAAGGAGGGACUCCAGACUAGGGUAGAGAAAAAGAGAGCCCCCAACUCUUGAGUAGAUCCAGCUUGAAUCUACCCCACCACUUCUCCUGAAGUGUGUUCAUCCAUUCACUAAAUUCGACUUCUAAUCCAACAUAUGCUUUCCUUAUUUAGAUCUGUUAGCGUUGACAGUUUCCCGUGCUCUUCAGAAGUCCUCGGAAUGUUGGCCUCUCCUCCGAGUCAGAAGAAAUCCAACAGAGACAUUUCAAAGGCAGAAAUUACAAACUCAGCCAGAACAGGGACACCAUUGCCUUCGGAAGUCAAAACAAUCACACUCCAUGUGUGGUUAAAGCAAAUACACUGCCCGAGAAAAUAAGCAAAUAGGUCUACGGACAAUGUGGGAUCAAAAGGCAGCCAAGUCUGCUUAUAACACAACAUUGCUAAUCAAUGUCAGGAGGGUCUCUUCUCAUGGCCUUUUCAUGUGAAUUAUGGGAUGUAGGCUGUCUGCUCCACCAGCAUAAAUUCUGGCUGUAUGGUGCAGUAAGCUUCCGGUUACUUUUUCAGGUAUUCUGAUCAGCAGACAGCCCAUAAUUAACUAUGCCUGCAUUGGACCAAGUUCUCACAUCCAGUGGCAGCAGUUGGAAUGAUGAGGCCUCUGUGGAGACCCAGGAGCAAGCAGAGCCUGACCUUCAACUGGAGACAUUGGAGCAAUUGUCAUUUUCCAAUGGAUGAAGUGCUUGGUGACAGAGGAAGAAGCGGAACUUGAGAUUCAUGUACCCCCAAGUACGUGAAAUACAUUCUCCAACAUGGCGGCCAAUCAUGCUGGCGUGCCCAUCAGUACCUCCUAUGGUGCCUGCAACAGGUCUGAAUUAAUAUCCUCUCAGAAAUCAGCACUGCUUGAGAGACUGCUUCUUGUUCUUCGUGCUCAGUUCCUGUUUGCGCUGGGUCAACUUCUCCAGACAAGAAGAGCUUCUCUCUGUGAGCAAAUGCAACGGUGGCUGUUUGUGUUGGCAUCCUUUUGUUGCUAUGAAUUAUCUUACGGAAAGAAAAUAAUUCUGCAGAAUACUAAUGCACCGAAACAUUUUCUAUCCCA